AUGGGAGACCGCCGGGUCCGCGGCUCGGAGGAGCCGUCGGAAGAAAAGACGGAACCGUUCUCGCAAACCGAAAUCGAUGCCCGCAUGAGGAGCAUCCGCGUCGAGGAGCCCUUUGAGCUCACCCAAGCUGACCCAGUGCCGCUCGAUAGGCUGCGUGUCGAGGAGCACCACCACAAGCAGGGCAUUCGCAUCCUCGUGCGACCGCUCACCCGGAGCCGCUCCGUGAGCCCGGGAAACUACAACUGCCAGUGGCUCGCCCUCCGCGCCGAGGUCGCGUCCGAGCAGGAGCCCCAGCGCAAGGUCCUCGCCGUCUCCCAGACAUCCCGGGACAUCAAGUUCUCCGUGCGCAUCCCGCCGGAGCGGCUCGACGAUGAUACCCCGCGCCCGCCUUUGUGGUGCGAGCUCUACUACGACCCGGCUAGUGACAACCAGAUCCUGUUGAACCGGUCAGAAGUGCCCAUAUCAUUAACAAGAAUCUCCGACGGCCCGGCUUCCGCCGCCAGUUGGAGUGUCAAUCCCGGAACCCCAAAAGCCCUGUCGCCGGGCACAUGGAGGAUCAACGUCCGCGACAUCGAAGUUCUCGACUUUAGGAUAUUGGAGAAAAGACCUGCCUUCUUCAAGCAGGCGGGUGCGGCCGGCAAAGAGGAGCUCACUUCCAGCUCAAAUGCAGACGCCUUGAACGCCUCCGGUAAGCGGUCCUUCACUGCCGACGACGGAGAGCCGCGGUCAGAGAAGAAGGCGCGUACCACGCAGGAGGUCGGCACGGCGAGGAACGACAAGGAAGACGGCGUCAUCAUGUUCCUCAGACCAGCGGCCGAGCCCCUCGUGUUUCCCCUUCCGACUGAAGCCAAGAGCAAGGAGGUCGUGCCGACCAACGGCCACGCCCUGCUCGACAUGCAGCGAGACGAGGCCGUUGUGAUCCCGGGCGGCUACGAGAUUGAUGAGUACACCGUCAGCAAGCGCGACCAGAUCGCGUCGACGGCGCUGUCGUCCGUCUUCACGGCCGAGCACUCCAACGUGCCCGACGGCAUCGUCACCGUCAAGGUCCUCAAGACGCGCUCGGCCAACAACGCCGGCCCCAAGCCCCAAGACAACGAGCGUAACGUCAUCCGACAGGCCGACAUGUGGCUGCGCGAGUACCAGAGCCAGGAUGACCUGCACCACGAGUCCAUCGUCAAGCUCUACGGCGGCGACGCCCGCUACCUCUCACUCUACAUGGAGCACGUCGACGCCAAGGACCUCUCGGCCAAGGGCGUGUGGCGUAGUCACGUCGACCACAGCUUCCUCGGCACCCGCGCCGACGCCUUCGCCAUCAUGCGCGACAUCAGCGGCGCCCUCCACUACCUGCACGACAAGAACCUCGUCCACAACGACAUCAAGCCCGCCAACAUCCUCUACUCGCCCGCUCGCGGCGCCGUGCUCUGCGACUUUGGCCUGUCGACGCACACCAGCGGGCCCGUCACGACGGGCGGCACGCCCUACUACAUCCCGCCCGAGUUCAUCGGUAAGAAGCUCCGCGGCCCCCCCUCGGACGUCUGGGCGCUCGGCGUGACGAUGCUUUACGUGCUCGGCAAGAUCCCCUUCCCGGACGCCCGCUCGCGCAAGGGCGCCAAGCCCGCGCUGUACUGGAUGAUCGCAGACGUCAACCGCACGCCUACCCAGCAGCAGCAGCAGCAGCAAUCGCACCAGCCGUGGGGGCAUGCCGUCGACCUCAUGUACGUGUGGCUGAGCGAGGUCGCCGUGGCGAGGGACAAGCUCUACCCGCGUGAUAAGCUCGAGCGACUCGUAUCAGACAUGCUGAUCGCCAUCCCAAGCCAGCGCAUCACCAUGGCGCGCGUCAUGCGGGAGCUGUACCUGAUGGAACAGCAGGCUCUCGCCAAGAGAUGA